UCUCUAUCAUCUCUUGCUCUCGUCUUGCUCGAUGUUAAAUGUUAUCAGUUCUCAAAUGUUUACCAACCAGAGAAGUGCAAAAUGUCAGAUGAGAGAUACCAGUUAUGGGGCGGAUGCUUUUAUGAAGAGCCAUCCGACGUGCUGCGACGACUCAACGAUUCCCUGUCUGUAGACUCGCGGUUGUUUCGUGAAGACAUACGAGGUAGCCAGGGAUGGGCGCUUGAGCUACAACGCAAUGGCCAAUUGGGAAAUGAGGACUAUUUGGCUAUAAAAAAAGGACUUGAAAAAGUAGAAAAAGAGUUAGAAGAUGAACUAUGCCGAAAUGGAAAGUUGAACGACACCGAAGAAGACAUUCAUUCUGUUGUGGAGCGUCGUCUUCACAAACACGUAGGGGAUGCUGCCCUAAAGCUGCACACUGCUAGGAGCCGCAACGAUCAGUCUGCCACUGACACAAAACUGUGGAUGAUGACGUCCUUUCAAAAACUUUCGGACGGGCUGAAAGAUCUUAUUACGAUCUUGUUAAAUCGUGCGGAGAAGGAAAUAAAUAUAAUAACUGCGGGAUACACCCAUCUUCAACGCGCCCAACCUAUCAGGUGGAGUCACUUCCUUCUGAGCCACGCCUGGACGUUUCACUAUGACUUUAUCAGAUUGAAGGAGCAAUACGAUCGUUUAUCCAUGUGUCCCUUGGGCAGCGGAGCACUUGCAGGAUGUGCACUGCCCAUAGACAGGAUCAGACUAGCCCAUAGUUUGGGAUUCCAGGACGUGACUCGUAACUCAAUGUUUGCAGUGUCUUCCAGAGAUCAUAUUGUGGAAUUUCUUAAUUGGGCGUCACUAUGUGGCAUUCAUCUGAGUAGAAUAUCAGAGGAUUUAAUAAUAUACAGUUCCCAAGAGUUUGGAAUCGUGCGUCUGUCAGAUAAAUUUUCAACUGGUUCGAGUUUGAUGCCGCAAAAGCGCAACCCCGACGGCUUAGAACUAAUUCGUGGCGCCGCAGCACUACUACUGGGAGACUCCAUUGCAUUUAAUUGUACUUUGAAGGGACUACCCAGUACAUAUAACAAAGAUCUCCAGUCAGAUAAAGAAAUACUCUUCAGAUGUUAUGAUAAAUUAUUCGACUGUCUCAAAGUUGCGACGGGAACUAUUGGAACAAUGGAUGUUGAUGCUGAAAAAGCAUUAGCAGCUUUAGAACCCACAAUGUUGGCAACAGAUCUCGCUCACCUGCUGGUUCGCCGAGGGAUCCCAUUUCGACGUGCUCAUCAUCACGUCGGGGCCUUAUUGCGUAGAGCUGCUGAAUUGGGAACCAGUUUAGUGGCCCUUCCGCAUCACGAAUACACAUCUAUUUGCCCCGAAUUUGGCGAAGAAAGUGAUGUGCGAUCGGUGUUUUCUUGGGAAUCUAGCGUUGAACAAUACACCAGUACAGGAGGCACGGCUAAGUCGGCGGUUGAACAUCAAAUCUCUGUGCUGCGCGCGUGGCUUCGUGAUUAUGGCAAUAUCCAGAAGCAACCUAAGAUGGCGCGGAGCUCCGCAGCUUUCCUGGCGGCACUGGCGCUCGUCUUCUACGUUGCUUCUCAGGAGUAUCAUGCGCCUUAUAAUAACGGCCGAAUGUGGAACAAAAAAUAUAUUGCAAACAAAGAGAAUAUUCAGCAGAUCCAUUCCAUGAUCGAUGCAUACAAGGGUGAAAUUGAAGGUCAAAUGAUAAUCGAAACAAAUGAGAUGAUCGACACCAAAUACAGGACAUGGAAACGUAACGCCGACCUUAUCAACUCCUUGUUGACACUGCCCAAAGGAAUGAAUGACGCAGGACGUUAA